AUGCGGUGUCCUGGGACUGGGAACGCGAAGACAGGUGGGACAGAUCUCUUCCUCCUCGACAGAUCCCAACUUGAGAUUUCACAUUGCGCCUUCCUUCCUUUUCAGUUUGUUUUUCCCUUGUCGUAUUCUCGCUCGUUCUCCCGAUGAAGCUGCUUCUGUGCCUGGUUGGUGCCCUCCUGGUGGCCGGUGCUCUGUGCGCUGAUGACGUGAAGCACCCAUCCUCCCUGCGCAAGCUGAGUCCUCAGGGCGUCGCUGAUCCGUCGACGGUAAGGACAUGCAACAUGGCCACAACUUGCUCGUGCUGCCUCUCCGUCACCGUGGGUUUGCAUGCGUCUGUUUAUCCGUCGAUCCCUGUGUGUGUGUGUGUGUGUGUGUGUGUGUGUAUGCAGCAGGGUGAUGAAGCUCCUGUGAGGGCGCUGCAUGGACCUCACCGCGACCACGAUGAUGACCAUCGCCACGACCAUGACUACGCCGACCGUGUGGCCCUCGGUUUCGUCAUGACCACCAUCGCCGGUAGGUACGCACGUGUGCUGCCUGACACGACGCGCACGUUGUCGUGAUGUCUUGCCGGUCACUCAUUCGGUGUUGAUGUGAUGUUUCGCGGGUGCAGGCUUGUCCACUGCUGUGGGCAGCGCCUUGUCCUUCUGCCUUCCCAGGAACAAUGGCAAGGCACGUGUGCUGCAGACACACGUGCCUGGAUGGAUCCGCACACACUGACUGCCACAUCACAUCAUGUUAUAUCGGUGUCUGUCCGCAGGUGUUUGCGGUGUUGUGCAUGUCUCUGUCUGCGGGCGUCAUGCUCUACGUGUCCUUCGGGGAGAUCCUCAGCAAAAGCAUCGUACGAUCGAUCGAUCGACAUGCGCGCACACGCACUCCCAAGAGCGCGUACGUGUUUGUACAUAUAUGCACAUUUUGUAUGUGUUGUGUGCAAUGAAUAGGACGAGUUUCGUGAGGCGAUUAGCGACGGGGGGGAGGCGUACGCCUACGCUACGCUGUGCUUUUUCGGCGGUAUGCUCACACGCAUACAUACCCACAUGUGGCCACACAAACAUACACCUGCACACAAAACAAACAAUAUACCUAUGUGUGCAUCAUUCGACAGGUAUCCUUGCGGCGAUGCUGCUCGACUACGCCCUGGAUUCCAUGUUCAAAGUACUUGAAGCCAACACUCACUCCAUGGACACACAAUGACAUGCACAAACAUGCGAAUGAUGCCGUGACUCGCGUGUGCAGUGGAUCCAGACCGAGCCCGAGGCGCCCAGCAACAGCAGCCCAGUGCCCGACGAAGUCCCCAAGGUAUGAAGUGCAUGCCACACACACACACACACAGAGAGAGAGAGAGGGAGAGACACGAUAUUACGUGCCACACAUGACGAUUGACUGACGUGCACGUACACAUGUAUGUGGCUGCAGAGUGGGGCAGACCGGGAGCAGCAGCAAGAGGAACGUAACAACACUGAGCAAGGUGCGCACACCACACAAACGGAAACGCAUGGAUGGAUGGAUGGAUGGAAUGGCAGGCGGUUGCGAUGGAGGCGCUCUCGCUCGAGAAAAGGUACUGUGUGGAGAGCAAGUAGCUGUGGUGAGUGCACACACCACAGACGACACGCACACACGCACAUGCAAAUAUAUACACAUGAUAUAUAUAUGCAUGUGUACCUACCUACCUACCUACCUCUGUACGUCAUGUCCGCGCACACAUGUCAUGUGUCAAUCAAUAAAGGUGAUUGAGCAGUCUCUCUGCGGCGAUGAUAAGAUGGCCAGGACGCCGUCAACCGACUGUGAAGGUACGUCAUUCACGCCACGCCUCCGUUCACACGUAUGUAUGAGUGUGAACAGCACAUCUCUCUCACACUACAUAUGGGUAUGUGUGUGUGUGUGUGUGUGUGUGUUCCUGUGCAGGUGCUGGGAGUCCGGACCAGCGCAGCACAUCAGAAGACAACCCGAAGAAGGUCCAUCUAUCCGUCCGUCCGUCCGUAAAUGCAUACAUGUGUGCGCGUCGUGUGUAUUAAGGGUUCGUUGGAGAAGCAGUGGGCUGACAGAGCGGCCCUCAAAAGCCUCGGGAUAUUCAGGUACGUACGUACGUACGUACGUACGUACGUGGAACAAAGCGCCGACACAUACACAUAUACACACAUGUAUGUCUUCUAUGACUGCAAUAAAUAUCGGUUCGGUUUAUCACCGAUCGACCAGCGGUCUUGCACUAGCUAUGCACAACUUCCCCGAAGGUUUGGCCACGUUCGCUGCGACACUGGCGGAUCCAACCUUCGGACUCGGUACGUGCCACACACCCGCAUCGCACACACGCCAUGGAUACACAUUCAUUGGUGUGUGCACACAGGGGUGGCCGUUGCCAUCGCCAUCCACAAUAUUCCCGAGGGAAUCGCCGUCAGGUAUCCACACGCACAGAUGGGUGCACGCACGGGCACAAUGCCGCCGCUGUGCUUGUGCACAUUCGAUCAGUGUGCCGAUCUUCUACGCAACGGGCAGCAAGUGGAAGGCAUUCGGUACGUCCAUACACAUGCAUACACGCACACAUACACAUGCAUGUGUGUGCCUUUGUGUGGGUGUGUGUACAGGCUGGUCGCUGCUCAGUGGCCUAGCCGAGCCAGUCGGGGCUCUACUAGGUCAGUGAGUCAAGUGAUUGCAUCCAUGCAUUUGUCUGUCCACGCGCUCUCAAAUGCAUGUCUGCAUGAAUGCCACUCAGGCUACCUGGUGCUGAUUCACGUGAUGUCGCCCACUGCAUUCGCCAUUCUGUUCGGUACGUCUGUCUGCACGUGUGUGUGCACCCACCCGUGAGCACGCAUUGUUGUCUUGUUGUGUCUCGAUGGGGCUUGGCUUGCAGGUUUGGUGGGAGGUAUCAUGAUUCAUAUAUGCAUCAAGAAGCUGAUACCCACCGCACUCAAAUACGACCCACAAGUACGCCAUCCACACACAGGUCCAUCCUUCCUUCCGUCCAAACACAUGUACACGGUUGUGUAUGUGUGUGUUUAGGAUCGUGUGACGUCAAACACGUGUCUGGUGGGGAUGGCCGUCAUGGCCCUCUCGCUGGUGCUUUUCCAAGUCGUCUGACUGAAUGCCAUGGAAUGACCAAUACAAUACGUUCAUGGAAUUUGUUUGUAUAUAUGUGAAUAUGUGUGUAUAUGUGUGUACGUGUGUAUGUGCCUGGCAGUGAUUUCACUAACUCACAUGCAUGUGGGCGGGUGUGGGGGUGUGUGAGUGCGUGAGCGUCUGAAUUCACGGACGUCUUGAUCGUUUCCUCCCGCAUCUUGUCUAUCUACUUGUUUCUGCACGUAGGUCAGACGUCUUUGCAUGAUUUUAGGCCAUGGUCUAUCGGCAUAUCCACAUGAUAAUCCCUGACUCUAGAAGUAGUUCUUUGUUUUGUGUGCAUCUUUUUCGUAUGUGGGGGGUCCUGGGUGCCUUGGCAGCCGUCGGUGCCUGUCAGUCAUUCGUGUGACGACAAAUCUGAUCUGCGUGUGACGACUGACUGCACAUACUCCGAUGAGUGUGCCUAUUCGUGAUUGCAUGUGUUCGAUUCCAUGUUUGUCAAGGGGGACAGUCAGAGAGAGGGAAGGGAGCGGCCACAUACAGUUUUUUAUGCGUGUGCAUGCACACGAGAGGGACAGACAGAGACACCCGACACACACAUGCAAACAAAUAAACAAAAGAGCGUUUCGAG